AUGACUGACAUCGCGCAACACAUAGAUAGGUUCAAACAGACAUUGGGCAUGUCUAAUAUUAGGAAGGUAACAUUCCGCAAUGCUGGAGAGGUUGCAGGUUCAUUUCAUCCAUUCAGUGAACGACAUGUUCUUUGCAAGGAGAUAAGUGAUGUGUUGAAUGAGUUGGUCAAUGACAGGAAGGUUGAGUUGACGUUGUAUCAAACUCUAUCUCCGUCAAUUGAGCUACGCCAGGCCAACUUGUCUCGUAUCAACUUUCUCAGAUCUGAACAUCGCUUUGAUCUUCUACGACAUCAUCUGCCCACGUCACUCAAGUCUCUAUCACUACCGCCAACGUUCAAAGGUUCCCUGGACAAUGUGUUGCCCGAUGGCCUCGAGACAUUGAACCUCGUCUCUUCACUUCAAUGGAACAAACCGAUCACGGAAGGCUCUCUGCCGAGCAGUCUACAGACACUCAAGCUAUCGAGUAGUUUCAAUCAAGUGAUUGAAGCACACUCAUUGCCAUUGUCACUCAAGUCGAUCACAUUUGGUUGGUCGUUUAAUCAUCCUCUCAAUGGGGUGUUGCCGCCCUCACUUACCUUCCUCGAUCUAACGCUGACCAGAGGCUACUCACACGACCUCAUGAGCCUGCCCCAGAGUGUAACAUCAAUCCAACUGCCUCUAUUCUUUCAACAAGCACUGGACCAUCCUCCUCUUCAACGUCUACAGGUUCACUCUCAUGUCCCACAUGGACACCCAUUCCCUCGGCUCGAGAAGUUGGCGUUCAGUUACUUGAUGGACUCAACCAACUUUGAUGCAUCACUGUUUCCAAACAUCGCUCGGCUGUCGAUCUAUGAUGGAGAUAUGGUGUUGGACUUGUCAAAGGUGCAACAGUUGUCGGGCACACUGAAGCAUUGCCGAUUGAACCGCGGAGGGCAUCCAGCACCAAUGUUAGCUCCCAUCCCAUUCGGCGUGACCAAGUUGGCACUUGCCAAAUGUGACUUUGCUCAAACCAGUCCUUACUUUAGACGUCUGCCAUCAUCAAUCACACGUCUUGAACUUAGAUAUCCAGUUGGUUUGAAGCCAGGUGAUAUACCUCAUUCAGUUACAUCAUUGAGUAUCAAACAUGACACAUUGUUGGAUGUAAAUGUACUGCCUAUAUCAGUUACCGAUCUUACAUUGAACAGGGGUGCUCAUGAUAAGGGUGCCAUCAUCAAUCAGCUGCCAACAACAAUCGGAUCAAUCACAUUGGAAUUAACAUUAAUAGGAGGUACACUCAAUCUUAUAAGAUUGGAUGAUCGACAUUACUUCAGACAUGGACUAUGGACCAACUAUUAUGGAUUCAUUGACAAAGAUACACUGCCCUCAAUGAUCUCAUCAUAUUAUUAA